CGGGUGUCGUGACUCGUCCACCAACAUGCCAUCACCACGUCCCCUUGUCCAAGAAACCAAUGAAGCACGCUCAGGGUAUGAGAGUGACGUCUCCAGCAAGACGUCGCUGGACAGCGAUGCUCUAGACGAUGAACCCACUUGCAAAGGAGGAGGAAAGAAGCGUCCACGCGGAGCCACCUCUAAGUCGACCAAAGCGGUGCCCAAAGGGAUUGCAUCAACGUCUUCGCGCGGAAAACGUAAAGGAGGUCACAGUUCUCCAGCGAAAAAGAAGCGCAAAGCGCAGGCAGAAGACGAAGCCGAAGCCGAAGACGUCACGGACAUUGAUCUCAAAGAUGGUCAAGAGGUCGUAGGCAAAGUUGUCCAAGCUCCUCAAACGGGGUGGGGCCCCAAAGGUCAAAUUUCGCAGCACACUCUCGACUUCCUGGCUCAAUUGCGAAACCCGAGUUGCAACGAACGCGGGUGGUUCAAACUCCAUGAACCCGUAUACAGGCGAUGUGAAAAGGAAUUCAAGGAAUUCAUUGAAGCCUUCAGCGAAAUGCUUGUCAGCGUCGACCCGCAAAUUCCUCCUCUGCCACCGAAAGACGUAAUUCAUAGAAUCUACCGUGACAUACGCUUCAGCAACGACAAGACUCCGUACAAGACGGGACUGUCCGCAAGCUUCUCAAGAAGUGGGAGGAAGGGGAUCUUUGCGUUCUUCAAGCCGGGAGACGAAAGCAUAAUUGCGGCCGGGGCGUGGUGUCCCGGGAAAGAUGAACUGUCAACCAUCAGGAAUCACAUACUGCACUCACCGGCUCGGCUUCGUGAGAUACUUUCUAACUCGGAAUUCGUUGCGAACUUCGGGGAGCCACGGCCUCAUCCGGACGGAAAGCGCCAAAGUGUGUUUGGCCACGAGGAUGAAUUAAAAACAGCUCCAAAAGGUGUGAGCAAACACCAUAAGGAUAUCGAUCUCUUAAAGUGCCGAUCACUAGCGGUCUCGCGGACCUUCACGGACGAACAAGUUUUGAGCUCAGACUUCAUUGAACAGCUCAAGAGCGUCGUGCGAGCACUCCGGCCGUUCGUCCACUGUUUGAACGAUAUGAUCACACUCCCUGUGGAUGACGGAUCCGAUGGCAACGGAGAUCAAAAUGAUUGAGAUCAUGUUCUACUAUUUAACUGUCCGGUGCAUGCAUCGAACGUUGGCUAUUGGCGUAGUGAUAAGGGCGAAGAAAUUUGAGCGUCUUGAUUGCCAGUCUUAUACGAAUGUCAUAUUAUUUAUGGUUUGAUCUAAUCUGAG